GUCUGAAGAUUGCUUUUCAUCCGCCAUGUCCGCCUUUGGUUUUGCAAAAUUCGCUGCCGCGGCACGCCGACCGCACAUGCCGCGGUUGGACAGUGAAGCCAACCUGUCAGAAGCCGCGGUUGGUGCUAUUGAAGUACUAGAUAUCACAGAUCCAGUUUUGCUAGGUGCAUCUUCGUCCUCUGCGGCUGGACCUGCCCUCCCGCAAAGGGAUCCAGAUCGGCAAGCGGCUUUUACGAACGGGUCCUCAUCUCGACCUGUGCCACCUGCCCCAGAAGCCACCAGAGAACCUGCUUCAAGAGCGUCCCGCUCGUCGCUUCCAUAUCAACUGCUACCGCGGACAAGUUCUCGGACGUUUGACCGAAUAUCACUGGACGAUAUAGAGGGAGAGUCGUCCGAGUCUGACGUUGAGGACGCGCCACAGGACGGUGGUCUCGAACACGGUGGACAAGGGUCACUAGGUGGAGCCCACGUAUCAAACAACACGAUAAACGUGAGUGUCCGCCAUGUAAAUCCCCAUUCCGUGCAGCAUCUCCGCGAAGAAGCGGAUUUCGACAAUACAUUUGAGCCUCCGCACCCUGUUGGCCCAACAUCGACACCCGUAUCAACACGAUCGUCGGGUGUCGCGGACCUGGAUUCCUUUGUUCUCAAACCUAUACCCAUGGGCCAAAAGCUCCAAUGUAAAAUUAUCCGUCGCAAGGAAGGCAUCGACAAAUUAUACCCAAAAUAUGAAUUGUACAUCGAAGAAUCUGAAGAGUCACAAGUGUUCAUAUUAUCUGCUCGAAAGCGGAAGAAAUCUAGCUCUUCACAUUACAUUAUUAGUACGACACGGUUUCCGUCUAAACGUGAUAAGGACCAUAUUGUGGCUUCUGUAAGAUCAAAUUUUUUGGGGACAGCGUUUGCGAUCUAUGGCGUGGACGGCAGUAAUGUAAAUGCCACAGAUAAAGUGGAGGAACGACGGCAAGAGUAUGGGGUCGUAUUAUAUGAGCCUAAUCUUUUGGGAUUCAAGGGCCCUCGAAAAAUGACCGUCAUUCUUCCGUCCAUGACGCGUGAGGGGAAGCGGAUUGAUAUACGACCGUCCGAUGAGAAGGAGACGCUCUUUGGACGAUAUCGUACUCGAAAUGAUCGUGAUAUAUUGACCUUACACAAUAAGGCACCACAAUGGAAUGAUGAAACGCAAUCGUUUGUGUUGAAUUUCAAUGGACGGGUAACGUUGGCCUCGGUCAAGAAUUUCCAGAUAGUCCAUGAUAAUGACUUGGAUUAUAUUAUCAUGCAGUUUGGCAGAGUAAGCGAAGAUACAUUCACCGUUGAUUUUCAGUAUCCCAUGUCGUGCAUUCAGGCAUUUGCCAUCGCGUUGACAAGCUUCGAUGCCAAGCUGGCUUGUGAAUGAAGUGCACUCGCUGCAGUCGUAUUCAUGGUUAUCCUGCAAAUCAAAUGUAUGUGUGUCGUUACGUCUGUUACGAAACUCAUGUGUUACGUAGUCCAAAGUGGAAGGCAGUUUGAAUCACAUUCAAUAGCUUUCACUUGGUUUUGUAUUAUGUACUAUAAUGCCACUAUUUACUGACGACUUAAAUACAAUAUGUAAAUACAUGAAGGUUUAAAUAACAAUUGAUGGGGG